UGUUAGUCAUUAUACUUUGCAAUGUCGAAAGCAGAAGAACAAACAAGGAAGAAGAGGAAGAUGGGAGACGGAAGAGAAUCAGAUGCGACCAAAUGGCCGAAGAUCAAACCCAAACAGAAUCUCAAAGUCUCUUAUCUCAAAAAUCACGAUCUCUUCACGGUGCAAAACUAUUUCACUUCCGAUGAAUCGAAGGCCUUUGUUAAAAUUGCCGAGUCUAUGGGUUUUACUCACCAAGGAAGUCUUGGCCCUGCCAAAGGUGAGGCUUAUAGAGACAAUGACCGAAUCUCCGUGAAUGAUCCUGUUCUUGCGGAUACGAUUUGGCAAUCCGGGCUUUCCAAAUUGUUUUCCGAUAUCAAGAUUAAGGGGAAGAUCGCUGUUGGCUUGAAUCCAAAUAUCAGAUUUUACAGGUACAGUGCUGGCCAACGUUUUGGUCGUCACAUCGAUGAAAGCGUCGAUCUUGGAGAUGGAAAGGAAACACAUUACACGUUGUUGAUAUAUCUGAGCGGCGGCGGCAACAACAACAACAACGGCCCGAAAUCAAAAUCCAGGAGCAAGUCAAGUGACUCCAAUGAUUCUUUACCACAGCCUUUAGUCGGUGGAGAGACCGUCUUUUACGGGUCAAGAAACAGUGUGGUAGCUGAGAUUGAUCCAUUGCAGGUGGCUCCGGUGGAAGGUAUGGCUCUGUUUCACAUCCAUGGAGACAAGUGUAUGUUGCACGAAGCAAGAAACGUCUCGAAGGGCAUCAACCUAGGACUCUUUAUUCCGUUGGUGAACUGCGUGCCGUUUCUGUUCAUGGAAAACGACACGCAGUUGAUAUCCAUUUGGAGAAAACACCGUGGAGGCGUGUGAAUACAAAUGUCUCAAGCAAACCCAAUAGAGAAGUAUAUUUUCAUAACCGGCCAUUAUAUUGGUCGGCUUUACA